AGCGCGAGACUCAUUGGUUCUUCUAGUUGAAGAAGAGAAGGUUUCUUUUCCUUUUUUGGUGUGUGAUGGAUACAAUGUGGUCUACGCCAACCAUCUUGACUUACAAGAAGGGAUGGAAGACCUUAGUGGAAAACAGCUUGAGUGGAAGAGUCCACAAGAAAAUUAAGGUGGAAGGCAAGGAGCUGUCAUGUCCACCAUUGGACAUAUUUAGCCUUGAAGAUAUGCACAUACUUAAGAUGAGCCCAGAGAGGGAAAGUUGUCUUUCUUAUCGGAUGAACUUUGUUCCCAUGCAAAUCGGAGGUAUGAGAAAUUUGAGAGUCCUUCUCCUUGACACCAAUCACCUUGAAGAAGUUCCACCAGAAAUUGGUUCUUUGAGAUACCUCCAAAGACUCACCCUCAGUAAUAACUCCUUGAGAUUUCUUCCUACAGAACUGGCCAAGCUUCAAAACCUGCACAGUGUCCAUCUUGCCAACAACCAAUUUGUCACCUUUCCCAUCGUUCUAUGCCAACUUCUUAAUCUGAACUUUCUUGACCUGAGUGACAACGGAAUUGAGAUGAUCCCUCCAAGCAUCCAACAGCUGAGAAGACUCAACACCUUUCUUCUGAUGCUAAACUUCCUAACGUCUCUCCCCGAGGAAUUCUGCUCCUUGACAAAAUUGUCUUGUCUCUGGUUGGGAAACAACAAGCUGCAAGAACUUCCUAAGACAUUUGGGAACCUGGUCAUGCUGGACUGGGGACACGACUACUGCUCCUGUAACAUAGAGGGCAACCCUCUCCGUCAUCCUCCGGUGGAAGUGUGUAACAGAGGACCCAAGGAGAUCCAGGAAUAUCUUGAUUCAUGUAAAUAGUCACAUUUUCCAAAAUUGGAAGUUCUCGAGAGAUGGCAAAAACUAUCUGGCUGGUUUGAAUUUUGCCAAUUUUAGGUCCAUGUUUUUCGUAAUGUUUUCAAAAAAUAUGUUUGGAAUAUUGGUAGAUCAAGGAACUCAAGAUGAGGUAAACUGGCCGGUCAUGUGAUUUCUGUCAAUCUCGAGCCUGAACAUAAUAGAAAUACUGAAUGGCUCCAAAUAUUGUUUUACUUGUCUUUCAAUGUUAUGUAUAGUAACUAUUGCUAGUCUAGUCAGGAAUGGUUGGGUUAAGUAAGUGUAAUAACUGAUCAUGGCUUCUUCAGUCCUAUUAUAUCAUGGGAUUGGGUAUUGUGGGGACUAUACAAAAAGAAGGUUGCAGCAGCACUCUUGGCCAAAAAAUGGAGGCUCUUAGUACACUUUUUGAUCAAAAUGUGUCCCCCAUCAACCACGCGGUGGUGGCCACACCCUAGGGUCCCAUCUAAAGUGAGGCCACCUCCGCGUGGUAAAUGGGGGACAUGUUUUUAUCAAAAAGAGCCUUCAUUUUUUUCGACCUAGAGUGCUGCUACAAUCUUCUCUUUGUAUUUGCCACCGCAGCGUGCACCCGUGCAUUAGAUAGUUGCGCUGGCUAUUUUUCUGUGUUUUUUUAUUGUAGUACGGAGAUAGUAGAAUCAUAUUGUAUAAGCCACUGAAACAGAAUUUUUGAAAACUCUCUCACCUCUAGUGAUGAUAUUGUGGAAAUGUAUAAUACUUUAUCAUGUUUCCAAAAAUAUGUGCAUCAUAUAAGGUGAGAUGCACUACAACUAUGUAAGGACUAAACAGUACAGAACAGAUAACUAAUAUUAUUACUACUACUGAUAUUAUGUCUACAUUUGCCACUACUACUACUAUUAUUCCUACUUAUACCAGGGGUGAAUUUAGACCCUCUGCUGCCUGAGGCGAACUAUAGAAUGGUGCACUUUUAUAUAUACAUGGGUUAAACUAAAAACACACAUACGUGUGUUAUAUAUAAGUGAUAUACUGGACAAUAUACAGAAAAAAUAUAGAGGUAGAUACCAUCUGUACACAGGAUCUGUAUACCAUGUAAGUGUUUAUAUACAGGACCAUAUAGAGGUAGAUACCAGCUCUACAUAGGAUCUGUAUACCAUGUAAGUGAUUUUAUUCAGGACCAGAUAGAGGUCGAUACCAGCUGUACACAGGAUCUGUAUACCAUAUAAGUGAUUACAUACAGGACUAUAUAGAGGUAGAUACCAUCUGUACACAGGGUCUGUUUACCAUGUAAGGAAUUAUAUACAGGACCAUAUAGAGGUAGAUACCAGCUCUCCACAGGAUCUGUAUACCAUGUAAGUGAUUAUAUGCAGGACCAGAUGGAGGUACAUAUCAGCUGUACACAGGAUCGGUAUGCCCUUUUAAAGGUUAUACACAGGACCAGAUAGAGGUAGAUGCCAGCUGUACACAGGAUCUGUAUACCAUAUAAGUGAUUAAAGUUACAUUUAGGGACUCACAGGUGACGUCUUUUCUGUUCACACUUUCCUUUUCUUCUUCAUCUGGUUUACACCACCAUAUUUGACUUCUCCCAGUAAUUACUUGUUUCUUUAGCAUCUGCAGGACAAAUAUAUUAGACUCAAUCUCCCCAUUUUAAGGCCACCAAACCUUUAUAAUGCCCCCCUAUGGUGUCCCAUAUAGUAAAAGUAGGUAGGUUAAUAGGUCCCUCAAGAAGUUGGUAUAUCCACCACAAUAGGCAGGUAAUUCUCCCAUUAGGUAGGUAUGUCUAACAGUAGUUGGAUAGUUCACUUAUUAGGUAGUCCUGCCCAUAGGCAAGUAGGUAGCUAGUUUACCCUAAUAGAUAAAUACAUCCUUAGGUAGGUAGGUAGAUCCAGCCAUCCCACCAGUAGGUAGAUAGGUAGCCAUGUAGAUAGGAUGAUAGGCAGGUAGGUAGGUAUCUUGGUAAGUCAUCAGGUAGGUAAUAAGGUAGCUAGCUUGGUAGCCAGCUUUAUCAAUCACCAGGUAGGUAGCUAGGUAGAUAUUUAGGUCACCAGGUAGGUUGCUAGGUAUGUAGGUAGGUAACUAGGUAGUCUACAAGAAGGGUAGCCGGGUAGGUAGUUAAAUCGGUAGCCAGGUUUGACAUUGAGUAACCUGGUAGGCAGUCAGCUAGGUAACAAGAUAGUUGGGUAGCCAGCUAGGUAGGUAGGUAGCAAGGUAGAUCUCUAGGUAGGUUGCCAGGUAGUCAGCUAGGUAAGUAGCCUGGUAGGCAGCUAGCCUGGUAGGUAUGUAGUUAGGUAGCCAGCUAAGUUGGUAGCCAGGUAGGUAGGAGGCCAGCUAGCUAGCAAGGUAGAUAGGCAGCCAACUGGGUAGGCAGCUAUGUAGGUUGCCAGGUAGGCAGCUAGGUAGGUAUGUAGACAAGUAGUUUUGAGGUCACCAUCUAGGCAUCUAGGCAGAUAUGUAGGUCAUUCGCUAGGUAGGUUUAGAAGGUAGCCAGGUGGGUAGCUAUCCAGCCCCCCCCCCCCCCCCAUUUCCCACUUAGGUGGGUAUGUCAGCAGGGAAAGGAACCCUCCCCUUAGAAGCCGGAUUUGUCCACCCAUUGUGCCAGAAUGAAAUAAUAAGCAAACUCAUACUCAUCGGCAGUCCAAUGCAGUGAUCUCCUGUACAGCCAGGCUGUGUCCUUCCUCCUUCACAGUGCAGGCACCGAUGAGUGGCAUCAUUGCACCUGCACUGUGUCUGGGCCGACUUCCCACACUGAAAGCGACACUCGCUUGCCUGGGGAUCGGGGCAAAUGUCCUGGUUUCCAGCAUUCGAACCCCCUGAGAUCAGAGACUUAUAAGUUUUAUUCCCCGAAUAAUCCCCUUAACUGAUGUACAGUGACCAUACUGGCAAGCAAGCAUUGGUAUCAUAUCAUAACGUUCCAAUAAUGUCCUCCACAAUGCCCUCAAAAGUAAUGACUACAGUGCCCUCCAGAGCACAAGCCACAUGUCCCCUAAUGCUUAAGUGUACAUCUAAAGUUAGGCUUCUGCCUGAUCUUCACAUUGGGGUGCAGAGACGCAACCGUGAGUCAACCGUUAGAUGUCCGGUGAGUUCCGUGCAUGCGAGUCCUAAAAAUUAGCAAAUAGCUCGUGCACAGAACUUACUGGGUGACAUAUGGUUGCUUUGGCACAUGGUAGCCCUAAGAGAGCAAUUCUGCAGGUCAUGUUUGGAGGCAUUGGGGAAAAUAAAGAGGUAUUCCGCUGCUAGACAUCUUAUCCCCUAUCCAAAGGAUAGGGGAUAAGAUGUCUGUUCGCGGGGGUCCCGCUGCUAGGAC